AUUAAGCGACUAAAAUCAGAAUAGAAACUGAGUUCAUUAUAGUAACACCAAGUUUAGUUUUCUGCAAAUUUUAAUCAAAAUGAAAUUCGCUAUUGUUACCUUGUUCACUUUGGCCUUGGCUUUGGGAGUUCAAUCGUCUGUGAUUCCCUUGGGUGGUGUAGUGACACAAAUUGCUGGUGGUCCUCUUGCACAUACAGCCGUUGUAUCUCCUCUUGGUUUACCUUUAGGCGCAAUUGCUCUUGGUCAUGGACCUGCCGCUAUUUCCGUACAUCCACCAGCUGCCGUCGCUGUACAUGCCCCCGUAGCUUUACCUGCUGCUGUUCCAGCCGCUGUACAUGUUCCUGCACAUGUUCCCGCUGUUGCUGUACAUGGUUCCGGUAGUUAUGUUGCCAAAACUCGUGGUGCUAUCCACACUGCUCCCUUGGCCGGUCAUAUUAACUCUGUGGCCAAUGUUAAUGUUGCUCCAGCUCCUGGCACCAUUUAAACAUUGUAUUUCUUCAUCACCACCAUCAACGUAUUAAAAUUUCCCGCCUCUCCAAAAAGUGUGAUAUGAUUUUAAAGAGAAAACUUAAAUAAUUUUAAAUUAUAAA